AUGGCUCUGCGCACCGCUCUUACCGCGGCCUUGGCCAUCUCCCCCUUCCUGGGCACCGUCGCUGCCCAUGGAACUACCGCUGAGGAGAUCGCCGCCGAGCUCGCCCUCCGCGAUAUCGUGACGGUCCAAGGCAAACGUGCUCUGGACGCCUGCGCCAACUCUCCAGCCGCCCUGGCCCUCAAGGAGCGUGCCCUCGCCCGCCGUGCGGCUACCGCGGAGCGCCUUCGUGCUGCCCGUGGCCUCAGUGGCCAGAAGAUGCGCAAGCGUUCCCAGGCCGACCUCCAGAAGUGGGCCGCCAUCAACCAUCUCUCUGAUGCGGGCUACAACCUCGACACACCCCUGGAAGAGAUCUUCGGUUCUAACGCCACUUGCGCUCUCGUCCCCGAGGUCACUAUCGGACCGUACUAUGUCGAGGGCGAGCUCAUCCGCACCGACAUCACCGACGGCCAGGGUGGCGUGCCCGUCCACCUGGACCUGCAGUUUGUCGACGUCAACAACUGCGGCGCUGUCCCUCAGCAGCUCAUUGAUAUCUGGCACUGCAACGCCACGGGAGUGUACUCUGGCGUCUCCGCACAGGGUCAGGGCGGACUCAACACCACCCACGGCCGUGGUGUGCAGCAGAGCAACGACGACGGUGUCGUCGAGUUCGACACCAUCUUCCCCGGCCACUACACUGGCCGCGCGGUUCACAUUCACCUGAUGGCUACCGACGGUGCCGAGGUUCUCCCCAACGGUACCUUUGAGGGCGGCACGGCCCGCAACAUUGGCCAGAUCUUCUUCGACCAAAGCCUCAUCUCCGAGGUUGAGGCGCUGGCCCCUUACGCCAGUAACCAGCAACCGUUGACCACCAACCUCCAAGACUCCAUCGCUGCCGACGAGGCCACUGCCGCGUUCGACCCCUUUGUGAAGUACGUCAAGCUCGGCGACGACCUGUCGGACGGCAUUCUCGGUUGGAUCACGAUCGGCAUCGACACGACCGCGGACUUGAACGACAAUGUCAGGGCGGCUGCUCACUGGCACGAGGGUGGUGGUGUCGACCAGAGCGACGGCCAGGGUGGCGGCCCCGGCGGACCCGGUGGUCCUGGUGGUCCUAGGCCUACGACGUCGGUCGUCCCCGUGACUUCCGCCGCCGCUGCGAACCGUGUCCGUGCUCUUUGA